CGCGGGCUGGGCCAUUCGCCACGGGGAGCAGCGCGGGGCGCCAGUGGGCUGGGGCGCGGGGCUGGGGCGGGCGGUGGAGUCACGGCGCCCUUGCACGGGCCGGAGGCCGCCGAGGCUCGCCAUGCCGGGAGGACUCUAGCUCCCCCAUGGAGUCGGCCGACUUCUACGAGGCGGAGCCGCGGCCCCCGAUGAGCAGCCACCUCCAGAGUCCCCCGCACGCGCCCAGCAGCGCCGCCUUCGGCUUCCCCCGGGGCGCGGGCUCCGCGCAGCCCCCAGCCCCACCUGUCGGCCCCGAGCCGCUGGGCGGCAUCUGCGAACACGAGACGUCCAUCGACAUCAGCGCCUACAUCGACCCGGCCGCCUUCAACGACGAGUUCCUGGCCGACCUGUUCCAGCACAGCCGGCAGCAGGACAAGGCCAAGGCGGCCGCGGCCCCCGCGGGAGGCGGUGGAGACUUUGACUACCCCUCCGUGGGCCCCGGCGGCGCCGUCAUGCCGGGAGGGGCGCACGCCCCCCCUCCUGGCUACGGCUGCGCGGCGGCCGGCUACCUGGACGGCAGGCUGGAGCCCCUGUACGAGCGCGUCGGGGCGCCGGCGCUGCGGCCGCUGGUGAUCAAGCAGGAGCCCCGCGAGGAGGACGAGGCGAAGCAGCUGGCGCUGGCCGGCCUGUUCCCCUACCAGCCGCCGCCGCCGCCGCCGCCGCCGCACCCGCACCCGCACCCGCACCCGCCGUCCGCGCACCUGGCCGCCCCGCACCUGCAGUUCCAGAUCGCGCACUGCGGCCAGACCACCAUGCACCUGCAGCCGGGCCACCCCACGCCGCCGCCCACGCCCGUGCCCAGCCCGCACCCCGCGCCCGCGCUCGGCGCCCCCGCGGGCCUGGCGGGCCCCGGCGGCGCGCUAAAGGGGCUGGGCGCCGCGCACCCCGACCUGCGCGCGGGCGGCGGCGGCGGCGGCGGCGGCGGGGGCGCGGGCAAGGCCAAGAAGUCGGUGGACAAGAACAGCAAUGAGUACCGGGUGCGCCGCGAGCGCAACAACAUCGCCGUGCGCAAGAGCCGGGACAAGGCCAAGCAGCGCAACGUGGAGACGCAGCAGAAGGUGCUGGAGCUGACUAGUGACAAUGACCGCCUGCGCAAGCGGGUGGAACAGCUGAGCCGCGAGCUGGACACGCUGCGGGGCAUCUUCCGCCAGCUGCCCGAGAGCUCCCUGGUCAAGGCCAUGGGCAACUGUGCGUGAGGCGCGCGGCGGCCGCACCGCCCUCAGGGUUCGGUGCGGGGUUGGGACCCAGGGAUUGGUUUUGGGGUCUCCGGAGCUCAAGACUGUCCAAGCCGCGCGGAAGCCGGGACGGAGAGAGCCCAGUGCCUCGGGAAAGCCUGGUCUGUCCCGAGUGCCCCGCGCCUUCCUUGGCGCGGGACUCCGCUGAGAGGUAGUUUCUGCCAGAGAGAGGGGAGGAGCGUCGAGGGGCUGAGCCCGAGCCCAGCAACUCAAGUAUUAAGGGCUAACCUGUGCCUUGGAAACGGAAACUCACUGCUCCGAUUCCUACCGAGUAGGGGGAGCAGACACGUGCCUUUGUCAUUUUAUUUUGGAGGGUUCUUGCAGCAGCCCCCCCCCCGCACUCCCCACGCCACCCCACCCGGGGAGAGAAGGAAGGGUGUGGGACUCACAACAGGCAGGAGGAAGGUUCUUUGGGGAACAGAAGUCCUGCCAAGCCAAACCCAACUGCUGCUUCGCGCAUAUCCUAGGAGAGAAGGAAACGCAGAACCAGUGACUCUGAACCUAAGGCUGGCUACAAAAGUGGAGAGCUCCCUUGGCCCCCUCAUUCCUGGCUUUGAAUCUCCCAGCCUUCACCAGGCCGGGUUUCUCGGAGCAGAGCUCAUUGAGAUGAGGGAGCCUGACAACCCCCAGUCAGUUCAGGAAGCGAAGUCACUGGUUAGCUCUAAGGAGUAUGCCCAAGAGCUGGGGGGAUUCUUGGAAGAGGGGUGGUGAGGAGGCUGGGAAUGGAGGUGGGGGAAAUGAAGGGUCACCCCGGCCUUGUCUGUACUGUAUGCCGCCAGCCAUGUCAUCCAAAUAUGAAGCUCAGCAGUCCAAACCCCCCCCCCCUUUCCCGGGGGACUGGAGCAAUGAGAAGCUUUCCAAAUAUUUUGCUUUAUCAGCCGAUAUCAACACUCUGUAUCUGGCCUCCCCCUGGUCCUGUCACAGCCUUGUGCAAUGUCCAUGCGUGCCCCAUCUCUCCCCGUGCCUCGAUGCGACACCACCAUCUUCUUUGGUUUUUGUUUUGUUUGGGUUUUUUGCUCAGAUACUUGCCAAAAAUGAGACUCUUUUUGUCAUCGUCAGCAGCUGCAGGGAGAGGCUGUGGGCUCACUUUCCUUUUGGUUUGGGGAUUGCUUUAGCUACUCACCCUGGGAUGGAACAGGCAGGGAUGAGCUGCCCCAUUACCCCUCCAUUCCCCUACCCUGGGGGGGGUCCCAUAGCCUUGUCCUCCCUUCCAUCCACCCCAACCCUCAGAGGCCCCUUCUCCUCCUGCUCCCUUGCUUCCUCUGGAAGAAAGGCGUCUUCCAGGGAUCCAGAACAGUACAGCCCCCCCCCCCCACCUGGCCCAGGAGCAGGGAAGGCCAGCCUGGUUCUCUCCUUGGGGAUGGGGGCAGUGAAUGCAGAGAUUCAUGCUCGAUGUUUUAUGUAUUAUAUCUAUAAUAUAAACAUAUCAAAGGAA